CACAUUAGAGGGGGUGUCCUCUUCUCGCCCUCCACCCCAUUUCCCGGUCAGUGGUCGGCACACCUCGCCGUGGCAGGGGCUGGCGGACUGCCGGGGGGGGUCUGAGACUUUGUAGUUACCUGCUCGGUGCCAUCCCGGCAGUGAGCGCUGUGCGGAACGCGAAGUGAUCCCGAGCUGCACGGGACACUUGGAAACCCAAUUACCAGGAUUUUUUUCCGCCACGAAACUGCAGAAGAGAGUUGAAGUGUGCUGGGCUCUGUCUUGCAAAGCUCCUUGAGGGCAUCGGUGUCCUCUUGCAGUGUUGGGGCCGUGCUCCCCACCUUCUGUCUUGGAGAGCCAGGUUUUGACACGGUCACUCAGACUCCAAAUCGAGUGAACAUGAGUGCCCUUGAUUUGACUUCCAUCCUGGAUUUUCUGGAAACAGCCAACUUGACAGAGAUCAACUGGACGUGCAACAAUGGUGACUGCAUCACAGUUGAUGCCACAACAUGCCCUGGCACGCUCAACAAAAGCGCCCUGCUCUACACCCUGUCUUUCUUCUACAUUUUCAUCUUUGUCAUAGGGCUGGUGGCCAACUCGGUGGUGGUGUGGGUCAACCUCCAAGCCAAAAUGACUGGCUAUGAAACCCACCUCUACAUCUUUAAUUUGGCUAUCGCCGACCUGUGCGUCGUCAUCACCCUUCCGGUGUGGGUUGUCUCCCUCGUCCAGCACAACCAGUGGCACAUGGGAGAAAUCACAUGCAAGAUAACUCACCUUAUAUUUUCUAUCAACUUGUACAGCAGCAUCUUCUUCCUGGCUUGCAUGAGUGUGGACCGCUACCUCUCAGUGGUCUAUUUCACCAAUUCUAGCACUUGCAAGAAGAAGCUAAUCCGUCGCUGCAUCUGCAUCCUGGUGUGGUUUCUUGCCUUCUUCGCAUCUCUCCCAGACACCUAUUAUCUAAAGACAGUCUCUGCCAACAAUGAAACUUACUGCCGUCCUGUCUAUCCAGAGGAAAGCUUCAAAGAGUGGUUGAUCAGUAUGGAGCUCAUCUCCGUGGUGCUAGGCUUUCUCAUCCCUUUUCCCAUCAUUGCUCUCUUUUAUUUCCUCCUUGCGAAGACCAUCUCCGUCUCCAGUGACCAAGAGAGGAAGAGCAAUGGGAAGAUCAUUUUCUCCUACGUUGUUGUGUUCCUUGUCUGCUGGCUGCCCUACCAUGUAGCUGUCCUGCUUGACAUCUUCUAUAGCCUUCACUUCAUACCUUUCAGCUGCCAGAUGGAGAACUUUUUAUAUGCCACUCUUCACAUCACUCAGUGUUUCUCUCUAGUCCAUUGCUGUGUCAACCCCAUCCUGUACAGCUUCAUUAACCGCAACUACAGAUACGAGCUCAUGAAAGCCUUUAUUUUCAAGUACUCUGCCAAAACUGGUCUAACUAAACUUAUUGAUGCUUCUAGAGUGUCAGAAGCAGAGUACUCUGCUCUGGAGCAAAAUGCCAAAUGACUACAACCCCAUAAAGAGCCCUCCUUUGCUCUUUGACUUUUUUUUGUGUGUGUGUGGUGUUACGGUUUGUUUGUUUGUUUGUUUGUUUGUUUGUUUGUUUGUUUUUACCACCCCGCACCCACCCCUUUCCCUUUGCUUGUUAUGAAUGGGGCAUGAAUUCCAUCCUCCACAAGAGAAAUAGCAAACUAAUUUAAGGGUAGAAUCAGGUGGAAAGUGGUGGUGGUGGUGGUAACAAAAUGAAGCCUUUUGGUGGUGUCUUUUGUUUGAUGUCUUCCUACUCCAAUCUGGACUGGACAAUACUAUGCAAAUGGAAAUUACUUUUUAGCAGAUAAAGCCAUUGUGUGCCAUAUAUAACAACAUGCAAUUCCAGAAGAAACAUUUUCUUCCAUAUGUAGAUUUCCCCCUUGUCUCCUUUUAUGUUAUAUAUAUAGUGCGUUGUAUUUAAAAGCUUGAGACUUUAUUUUCUGGGUCUUGGUGUACCUUAUGCAAUUGUAUUUGAAAGUUAAAUAUAUUUUUAUCGUGUAUGUGAAAUAUAUUGCCAGUGAGCAUAUCCAGAGUGCUAUAGUCUUGAGUGUUAGAUUACCAUUUGAUUUCAGCCACGGUAGGUAAGAGAAUGCUGAGAAUUAGCAGUAUGGAAAUGGUCUCUUAGGUGCAUCCUUCCUGGCUGGCACAAUUUAUCGACUGUAGCUUGACGUGGUGGCCAUACCCCCAUAUCUGGAGCAUGAAAUGUAUGUACUGUAAUAUAGUUACCUUGAUGUUGAAAUUAACAGUGUUGUAUGAGUUGCUAACUCCUACACCCGUAUUUCACACAGCUGUGUCCCCUAUGCACAGAAUGAAUGACCUUAUUUCCAAGAGUUGUCUGUAUUUGUAAGUUAUUUUUGUAAAAUAAA